GCUCCUUUUUCUCCAAUAGUCAAGGUUGACUCUUCAUACUAAUCUAUUACAAAUACUAUUUUAGUUCCACGAUCCUUUGAAUUACAAUAAACAAAACCUUUCAUGUUUUCAAACAUAAAAUAGUACAAAUAGUCUAUCCAUGCUAUUGUUAGUCCCAUAAAUAUCUUCUCUACAAUCUUACAAUAAAAUCUUUCUUCUACCUCUCACAUGACAGCUUAGAAUCCAAAUAGUCAUGAAGAAAGGACGUUUAGAUCCAAACCUCAAACUCACUGUUCCUGCAUCUAAUCAAGCUUCUUUUGCAAAGUUCUUGACUCAAAGUGGCACUUUUAAAGAAGGAAACUUGCUUGUUAAUAAGGAUGGAGUUAGAAUUGUCUCUCAGAGUGAAGUUGAAACUCAACCACCAAUAAAGCCAAUAGACAAUCAGAUAAGUUUGGCAGAGAUUGAUACAAUAAAAGUGAUUGGAAAGGGAAAUGGAGGGAUAGUUCAAUUGGUUCAACACAAAUGGACUAAUCAGUUUUUUGCAUUAAAGCAAAUUCAAAUGAAUCUUGAGGAUUCUACUUGCAGGCAAAUAGCACAAGAGCUAAAAAUCAAUCAAUCAGCACAAUGUCCUUAUGUUGUUGUUUGCUACCAAUCGAUCUACGACAAUGGCACGAUAUCGAUCAUCUUAGAGUACAUGGACGGAGGCUCCUUAGAAGAUCUAUUGAACAAAGUUAUAACGAUUCCAGAACCGUUUCUUGCUGCCAUUUGUAAGCAGGUGCUAAAGGGUUUGAUGUAUCUUCACCAUGAGAAACACAUUAUUCAUAGAGACUUGAAACCUUCUAAUAUACUUAUAAAUCAUAGAGGGGAGGUAAAGAUUACCGAUUUCGGUGUCAGUAUAAUCCUGGAAACUACUUCUGGUCAAGCAAAUACUUUCAUCGGUACAUACAACUAUAUGUCUCCAGAAAGAAUCGCUGGAACUCAACAAGGUUACAAUUACAAAAGUGAUAUAUGGAGCUUGGGAUUGAUGUUGCUUAAGUGUGCAACUGGGAGGUUUCCAUAUACACCACCAGAUAAUAGUGAUGGAUGGGAAAGUUUGUUUCAGCUUAUUGAAGCCAUUGUUGAAAAACCUUCACCUAGUGCUCCAUCUGAUGAAUGUUCACCCGAAUUUUGCUCAUUUAUCUCCGCAUGUUUACAGAAAAAUCCGAGGGACAGACCAUCGGCUCGAAACCUAUUGAGGCAUCCUUUCGUGAACAUGUACGAUGACUUAGAUGUGGAUCUUUCCGACUAUUUCUCCAAUGCAGGUUCUACACUUGCAACGAUAUAAAACUUUUUUGUUCCAAUUGUGAACUUACAUAGAGUUAGUCUUUUAUGUGCAGCCUGAAUAUCGUCUUGUCUGUACUGAGGCAGUGGUUUGUAAGCGUAAACUGUAAACGAAACAGAUGUUCGUGUUUUCGUGCUUAGAAGAUUAUAUGAAUGAAUUCUAAUUUUCUAUUUCAA